AUGGAUAUUUCUCAGCGACCAGCAACGCAGCGAGCCCUCUCAGGCCGCAAGUUCUCGACACCAACCCUUGCUGCAGAGAGCUGGGACGUGGAUGGGAGGAGUGGCUUCAUGCCGCCCGAACCACCAGUCGCGCGUCUCCCGGCCGAAUGGGAUGCAUGGGAGAAUAUUCUCCAGGUCGCUAUCGGUGCUCGCUUCACAGUUGGCGAUACUCCGGAUAUUACGCCCGAGGAGACGGAUCGAGCGUUGCAGUGGCGAGAGGCGGUCCAGAAUAUGCCAAUGCUAGGAACACACCGCUUGAAGAAUUCAGAACGAAAUUUGCGCCGUGCGCAUCUCGUUUUGGCGUGGAUACUACACUUUUACGUGCACACGCACGUUCCUGCGCCGACACCAAUCAUUAUCCCGGCAGUUUUGACUGUACCUCUGCUUGCAAUCUCACGGGAACUCAUACUGCCGCCGGUACUCACAUACUCUGAUACUGUCCUCUACAACUGGCGAUAUGCAGAGGGCGACCCGUCCAAGCUAGAAAGCGUCACCACAUUCACGCAAACAAAGGACGAAGAACACUUCUACCUCACUUCGGCAUACAUCGAACUCGCGGGUGUCGAAGCUCUCGGAUUGAUGCAACGCUGCUUUGACGAGGCGUUCGUCGCCGACGAGAUUGCACUCCGCCGCAUAUCUUCAUAUCUUCGCAAACUCGCCGUGGUCAUCAAACGCAUGACCAAGAUCCUCGACGCUGUCCGCGACGCAUGCGAACCCAAAAUCUUCUUCAACGACGUGCGGCCAUGGCUGAGAGGAGAAGAUAGUGGGAAACGACGAUGGAUAUUCGUCGACGAAAACGGAGAAGAAGUUGAUUUCGGAGACCGCCGGGAACUUUCGGGCCCUAGUGCCGGUCAGAGUUCGCUCAUCCAUGCAUUGGACAUCUUCCUCGGAGUAGAUCAUACACCACCACGUCGACCAGCACAUCCGACAACAACGACAGAUCAACCUUUGUCCAACGCUUCAGGUUCAAUGCACGCCAACGGUGCGAGCAAGCCGACCAAGGGCUUCCUCGACCGAAUGCUCGCGUACAUGCCACGCCAUCACCGAGCCUUCAUGAACCAUCUGAAAGUUACUCCACGUCCCAUCCGAACCCUCGUCUCUCACCACACCACCGGGGCAGGCUCAGAGCCCUCGCCCAUUACAAACGCAUACGACGCAGCGGUGCUGGCCCUCAAGGGUCUGCGGGAUGCGCAUAUUCGCAUCGCAACGUUGUACAUCAUCAAUCAGAUGCCUCGUAGUGAUACCUCGCUCGCUCAGGCUGCGGCCUCUGCAGCCACGGCCAAAGGCACUGGAGGAUCCGACCUGGUCCCCUUCCUAAAGGGAUCGCGAGACGAUACGACACGAGCUUUAAUUAAUCCGCACUAG